CACGUGUCUCCUGGGCUCGCUUGCUUUGCUGCUGGGUCUUGCGCGGCACCAUCGCCCUGGGUGAAAGCUGUGGCGGCCGGCGGUGGCGCGGCCGUCAUGGAAAGGCCGGGCGAAGAGGAAGAGGAGCCGGCUGCAGAGGAGGGAGACGCGUUGGCGUUGCUGGUUAGGAGGCAGCGCAAGGAGAAGCGUGAACUGCAGGCUAAAAUUCAAGGAAUGAAAAAUGCUGUUCCAAAGAAUGAUAAGAAGAGAAGAAAACAGCUGUCAGACAGUGUUGCAAAGAUGGAGGCAGAUCUGGAACAGAAGCAUAAAGAAGAGCUGAAUGAACUACAGGAGACAGUACCUGAGGAGAGUAAGGAGGAUUCUGCAGCUAUAAGUAUGGCAAGCUUAGAGCUGGAAAACACACAACAGGUUCCGCCUCCUCGAAUAUCAAAAGCACAGAAAAGGCGGGAGAAAAAAGCUGCAUUGGAGAAGGAAAGGGAAGAAAGAAUAGCAGAAGCUGAGAUAGAAAAUUUAGCAGGAGCUAGGCACCUCGAAAGCCAGCAACUUGCACACAUUUUGUCAACAAGGCUGUUAGAAAUCAAACAAAUCCCCUCUGAUGGCCAUUGCAUGUACAGAGCGAUUGAAGAUCAGCUCAAGGAGCGGCAAAACUCCUGGACUGUUGCGACUCUUAGAGCUCAAACGGCAGAGUACAUGAGAACUCACACAGAUGACUUCUUACCAUUCUUGACAAAUCCAAACACAGGUGAUCUGUACAAUCAGGAUGAAUUUGAAAAAUACUGUUGUGAUAUAGCAAACACAGCUGCUUGGGGUGGUCAGUUAGAAUUAAGGGCUCUUUCACAUAUCUUGCAAACCCCAAUUGAAGUAGUACAGAUGGAUUCACCUCCCAUUAUCGUUGGAGAAGAAUACAGUAGGAAGCCACUAAUACUUGUAGUAUAGACAGUGGGCAGAAGGUUAUUAUUAAGGUCAUUUUACAUUCCAUAUCUCUAGUGGAGUCUGGCAGUAAAAACUUAACCACAGCAAAAUAUGAGGUCAGUACUUAAAUAAUUUUUCUAGGCUCCCUUUGUUACUAUGGACAAGUAACUCGGCUCUCAAAAAUGCAGUAAAAGUUGAAACCAGCCAAUGUUGCCAGUUUUAACUUUUUCUACUUUUUGAUGACUUGUAAGCCUUUAUUUUUUAAAAAAAGAUUCAAUGUUGUAAAUAUAACAAUAUUUUUUAAGUUGGGUAUUCAUUUUAGGACUGAGUGGCAGCAUUAAGACCUCCUUCAGACACACAGGAGAAUGAGGAGGGAAAAUGAGGAGGGAGAAUGCGGAGGUGGUAAAAUAAACUAUACCACUUCAUACUGCUGGUGGUAGAUUCUAGCUUUGAAUGUACCGUGCAUAAAAAGUUCAAUGCAGAUAGAAAGACCAGCAGAGAAUUCUAUCAUUGCUUUCUCUUUUCAGAGCAUUUAAACUUAGAGGAGUGUUAUAAAAUAUUACCAUGUAUACUUGCUCAUAAGUUGAGGUUUUCAGCUUUUUUUUUAGGCUGAAAAAUGGCCCCCUCAACUUAUACGCAGGUCCCACUUACAG